CCGCAAGAUAAAUAGCCUCGCUCUUAUGUAACCCCCCACUCUAUGUCAUCAGCGUCAGGGAUCCAGCACUGUAUUGUCGCGUUUCGAUAUCUACUCUACCUACUCUACCUUCGGGGGCGAUAACCACGCGCAUCUCUUCGUCCGCUCGUCCUCCCGAUAUCUAUCAUGUGUUCGUCCCGUGCAGCUCCCUAAAUAACUCCAACGAUUCAUCCACCCUCAACCCCCCACACGCCGUACUGCACGGACACCACAACAAUCAUGGCGACCUGGCAAUGCUGGUGGUCGCCGCACUCCACCGCCGAUUCACAGCGCUUCGUAAAGAUCAAUACAAGAGACCAGGAGCUAGCGGUCUAUGAUGUUUACGAUUCGAAGUUUGAGCUGUACAAGAGACAUUCGAAGAUUCCGUAUAUGCGGUGCUUCGAUUGGUCGCCCGUUGAACAAGACCUCGCAGCUAUCGGCCAAUCCUCCGGCGAAGCACUCUUACUCCGCCUCUCCGACCCUUCGUCAGCGCCGGUCCCUCUCGCCGUCAAGCAGCAACGUUCCUGCAACAGUGUGAGCUUCAACAGCACUGGUUCCAUGCUCGCCAGCGGCCUGGACAAAGUCCGCAACGAUUCGUGCCUUCACAUCUGGGACAUCAACCAGCGUCUGGGGUCAGGGUCGGACCGACCAAUCCGGCAGCUCCCUAGUAGUGAAGCAAUUGUCGCGUGUCGGUUCACCCGGGACAACCCACAGAUACUGGUGGCAGGCGUGGCGUACCGCUGGGUCCGCAUCUUCGACCUCCGCGAGACGGCGAGUGGCACCGCCGCAAUAAGCUGUAACUCUAGGUGUGUUUACAACAUCUCGUUGGAUCUGGAUCCGAACUACUAUGCGGGCCACUCUGAUGACGGUGUGGUCGCCGUGUGGGAUCGGCGUUUUGCGAAGGGGAGCCCGACACAAGCACCGGAGCCCGCGCUGCAGUUCGGACGGGCCGCCGGGGAUGAGAGCAGGAGCCUGGGAAUCUGGCAUCUCAGAUAUUCCAAUGCGAGGGAGGGCGCGUUUGCGGUGCUCAAUGGAGGCGGUGGACUCAGGGUCUAUGAAACCGCAAAGGUUCUGAACGUCGAGAACCCGCCAACCAUUGGGAUGAUGGGAAGUGAUAAUGGCGCUGUGGAGAAUCAUAAACGUUUAGGCUGGAGGGACUCGGCAGCGAGUUUUCUCGAGGCCAGGGCGUAUGGUAGUAGUGGGAAGGAGGACAAAGGUGGCGGCGGCGGGGGUGGGCAUGGCGGCACGUCGACGUCUGGUUCUCGGACGCCAGUGUACAGGAAUGAUGGCGGGGAGACAUUGCUCGUCAGCCGAAUUAGCGACAUCCGAUCUACCGACAGAUCUAGCUCUGGGGACACAAGCCAACGAAUUGUAUUCUUCGACUGGGUGUGUGAGGGUGUGGGUGCGGGUGGUCCACGCAGCGGCAGUAUGAAGCUCCUCACGGUCAAGGGGGAUGGAAGCCUUGAGAUUAUCAAGUGUCCCGGCCCAGCACCAAGUAUGGCGUGGGGCAGCAGGAACGAAUUCGCCAUUACCUGCGAGAAUAACCUCGAGAUCAUGUCUACUACCAAGGCUGAGCAGCCAGAAGAGGAGAUCACGUUGCGGCCAAGACGGAAGAGUAUCUCUGAGCUUGAGGACCUGGAUAGAUACCACUACUCUGGUGGAGAGAGUCCAGACCAGAGAAGCCAGGGUCAAGAGUUCUUCGGCCGACGGAACCGAGCGAAUAGUCUUGCACGGCCAGAGGAUUUCCUACCGGAUGCCCGCCAGGUUCUGCAGAACGACAUCUGCGUGGUGAUGCGGAAGCGCGUGGAGGCCGGAUACCUCAUGAACUGCGCCAAGAAUGCUACUCUAGUCGCGCACGACAAUCCCUAUAUGGAGGACAUGUGGGUGUGGCUUGACGGCGCGCAUGAGUGUGCCCGUGACGAGGGGAUGAUGACCGCAACACUGAAUCUAAGCUUUCUGGGGGUUCUUGGAGUAUGGCAUGGAGGGAGGGAGCCGACUCCGGAGUCGAGGAUCAAUGCGAACCGCAAGAUACGGAGGGACGAUUGGACUGCCGCCUGCCAUGAGAUCAAUAAGCGGAAUGGCAGGAAGAAGUUCAGUGAUCGAAAGACAGACUUUCCUGAGCAGCGGAGGCUGUGUCUUGCCAUCGCUGGUUGCAACUACGAUUCAGAGGAGCUAGAGCGGGAACUACAGCGGCUCGAGAGGAAUGGGGAGCACAGCAAAGCCGCCGGACUGGCACUGUUUCACGAUAAGAUCGAACGCAGCAUCAAGGCCCUGCAACAAGGUGGAAGGACGCUCAAACUAAUGUCCACAGCUGUAGCGGGAUAUUUCGCUACCAUCCGUGAUCCCGCCUCAGGACUGUACGGCACGUGGAAGGAACUCGCCGGCAUGAUGGCGAACGAGCUCGGUGAUCCUUAUCAACGCGCCAUCUUCGCCUAUAUAUCCAACAGCGACUGGCGCGAAGUCCUAGACGAGCUAGGGGUCCCAAUACGUGAACGCAUCGGCAUCGCCCUCCGCUGGCUCGAUGACGACGAAUUAACCAACUACCUUGAAUCUACCGCCGCCGCCGCAAUCCGAUCGGGCGAACUCGAGGGAAUAAUCCUCACCGGCGUGACCGAAAACACAGUCAAGCUAUUGCAGGAGCACAUCAACCGCACGGGCGACGUACAGACCGCCGCACUUGUCGCCACCUUUGGCUCCCCACGAUACUUCAAAGACUCGCGCGUAGAAUAUUGGAUCGAGUCCUACAGACAGUUGCUAAACUCCUGGCGGCUAUUCCAUGCGCGUGCCCGAUUUGAUGUUGUGAGAGGUCAGGCCUCGAAGGAUCGAAACGGCACGAUGACAAUGACUCCACCGCAACGACAGGUCUAUGUACGUUGUGCAAACUGCGAUCGCUCCAUCUCUGGCCCUAAGAAGGAUCCGAAGAAGAUGACGGUAAGAGAGCGGCAGCAGGUCGCUAGUACCACACCGAGCAUAAUCGGCGGCGUUAGCACUGCUAAACCGACCGUCUGCCCACACUGCAAAAAGAGCCUUCCACGCUGCGCGGUGUGUCUACUCACCCUGGGAACCAUUCAUUACCGCGAGGGAGAGAAGAGUUCCGAUGUUGAGAAGGAUUAUGAUAGAUGGUUCAAUUUCUGCCUCAGCUGUAAUCACGGAAUGCAUGCGGGACACGCAAAGGACUGGUUCAGCAAACACAGGGUCUGCCCGGUUCCUGAAUGUAAGUGUUGCUGUAAGAUAUUCCAUAUCCCUGGGGAGGAGACUACAUAGUAGAGAGAUUGAGAUAGGACGGGUGUUAUGGCGUUGGCUCUUUCUGUUGAGUUUACGAAAUAUGAAACUGAGCGUCAUCGAUCAAUGAUUGCGAGUGAAUCUUCAUGAGGCA